GGGCAAGGGGUAGCCUUUUGAAACCGCAGCCGAAGAGCAGCCUGUUUCUUCCCCCUCCACAUCCAUACGUCUCCAACCCGCAUCACCAUCCGCCGGGAGCCACACGCCAGCAUUCAUCCCCGACAACUCAAUAUCCGCGUUCACAGCCGUCACACAACCCCGAGACGAUCCGCCGCCAUGGCCAACGACGAAUAUGAUUUCCUCUUCAAAGUCGUCUUGAUCGGCGACUCUGGAGUUGGCAAGUCGAACCUUCUCAGCCGAUUCACGCGAAACGAGUUCAACCUUGAUUCCAAGUCUACCAUUGGCGUCGAGUUCGCCACCAGGUCGAUCCAGGUCGACUCCAAGACUAUCAAGGCGCAGAUCUGGGAUACCGCUGGACAGGAGCGAUACCGAGCCAUCACCUCCGCCUACUACCGUGGCGCUGUCGGCGCCCUCCUCGUCUACGAUAUUAGCAAGCACCAGACAUACGAGAACGUGACGCGAUGGCUAAAGGAGCUUCGCGACAACGCCGAUGCCAACAUUGUCAUUAUGCUGGUCGGAAACAAGAGCGAUUUGAGGCAUUUACGGGCCGUUCCCACCGAAGAAGCCAAGUCCUUUGCCAGCGAGAACCACUUGUCCUUUAUCGAGACAUCUGCUCUGGACGCGAGCAACGUUGAGCUAGCAUUUCAAAAUAUCUUGACCGAGAUCUACCGAAUCGUGUCCAGCAAGGCCCUCGACAGCGGCGACGGCGCUCAGGCAACCAUCAGCGCCGGCACCAACAUCUCCCUGAGCAAGCCCGCAGAUGACGAGGCGUCCAAGGGCGGCAAAUGCUGUUAAGCCAGGUGACGGCGCAGUGUUGCGGCUUCACAACUUGGGAAAAGAUACCAGACGUCUCACAUAUUCGCCCGAAAUGUUCGUCACUUUAGGAGAGACUAUGGCGCAGCGUUUAGGAGAUCAGGAAGAGUGGUACCUCCUUUUGAUACGGGAGGGCGCAGACACCUUGGGCUUUCCUUUGUGGUUUGUUUGUCAUGAGGGCUGCGAGGCUUGAUGCGUCGGACGAUCACUACGAAACCGUCCCUUUACGUAGCUGAAUGAAUUCCUUAAUGAUCGCACGUUGGC